AUGGCUACCGAGGCGACGGUCUUACACGGACCUCUGCCGUCGGCGGCAGAUGGGAGCACAACCUCGCCAACGCCGCGCGGCGGUGACGGGAAGCUGGAUGGCCGGCCUUUGAGCCAUACCGCCGUUUCAAGACAAAGACAAAGGCGAGAGCGGAAGAGAGACGAAGACGAAGAUAAAGAGGCCCUCUCAGACGACGCUGCCUCUGUCGGGUCUGGACGAAGGGCGCCUUCAAGACGGUCGUCUUUUCCGUACAGAGACAUCAUCAAGUCUGUUCUAUCGCACGUUAUGACCAAGAACGAGAUUUCCACAUCUUCUUCUCCUUCUCCUUCUUCUCCACCCUCUUCUUCACACGGCAAAGACAAGUCCGAGAUGAAGGAGAAGAAGGUCGAAGAGGUCGUCAGGGGCCUUGCCAUUGAGGAGUGGAACGCACGGUGGCUGGAUGAGCUUGUGGCCAAGGUCAAAGGAGAGCUCAAUGACGCCGCCUCAGACCACAGCGUCUCUGAUGACUGCCCUCCCACGCCAUCCUCUCAGUCCAGCGACGAUGAUGAUGACGAUGAUGCCGCCUCUCUGAAAGAUUCCAUGAAGCGCUACCAGCCCACCGUGGAAGACUACGAUGAAGACGAGGACUCAGCAUCAGAGCCUGAAUCUCAAGACACCGCUCAAGACGGCACCUCCCAACCGCUCAGCCGCUCCUCUUCACUCUCGUCAAGCUCCUCCACAGACUCGGCCAUGUCCUCCCCCAGCAGCCAGUCCUCAUACUCCACCACGGCUUCAUCCCCUCCCCCCGCCGAGCCAAAGGAUCCUCGCCUGUCUCCUCGCCCGACAGUUCACUUCUCCGACAAACAACCCCCUGUUAUACACUACAUCACCGACCCGCCUGAGCCCGAGCCCGAGCCCGAGCCUGAGCGGGAAGCUGAGCGUGAACCUGAAUUAUACCGAACUCAUUCGCUGCCUUCUCAGCCAAGGCCUCCUGUUGUGUCUGAGAGACAGACUCCUACAUGGGGAGCACUGUUUAACGAGAGGGAUGAGCCUACUCCUGCACUGGGCAGAUUUCUCCGUGGUUUGGCAAACUACAUUAUUGCAGAGUACUCCCCCACAGAUUCCCUCGUCAUCACCCCCGACAAGCUCUUCAAGUUCUACACCCGCUACAAGCUCGACAAUGAAUUCUUCCCCUUCCAACGCGUCUUCGACACCCGCUACCACAAAUCCCUCCGCGGCCUCUCAUUCCUCUUCACCGACCUCCGCUGCGAGCACCACCUCGUCCAAGAAUCCAUCACCGCCAAACCCAUCAUCCCGUCCCUCACGCCCACCGGCUUCGAGGACUGGAUGACGCUGCUGAUCCGCGCAUUCCCCGACCGCGAGGCCAAGCGGCUGGACAUGGUCCUCGCCGAUAUCCCCCUCCUGGCAGACGAUAACAGGCACAGCAGCAGGAGUCCCGUAAGGGCCAGCAGCAGCAGCAGCUCUGGCGAGAGGCCUCUUCUUCUUCUUCCCAGACAACUCCCUCGGCAGCUCUUCCCUGAAAGAGGCCACGCUCGGGCUUUUGACCUGCUGGCCUCGUCUUUCUCAGAGUGGAACAGAAUCACGACAACAGUGCCUGUCCCGCCUCCUGAAGUGCCGCCUCCUCACCCGCUUGCCUAUUCACUCAGCUCUAAUAUCCCGGCUUCGCUGCAGAAACUCCCUCCAGCGGCGAGCAAGGCCCUCAAGGAAGAUACUCGCCGCCACAAGGACGCCUGCUACAUCGACCAGACACGCCUGCGUCCAUCUUCCAUCAUCUACCCUUCCUCUGCAUCCCCCACAUCGCCAUCCUCAUCCUCCUUCUCGACAUCCUCGUCCAUACCCGCAGAUGUCGUCAAAUCCCACUCCGAGCUGCAGCAGCAGCAGCCAUCUUCCACCUCCGGCUCAAGCUCCUCCUCCUCGUCCAAGCAUCACCACCGCACAUCUCGCUCCAAAGAACGCGACUCCCGUCAUCGAUCUUCCCGCCCGCGCGAGAGGUCGCCUCCUCCGUCGAGCAGUGGACGGCGCAGUCAUAGAAGCAGACGAUACAGGGCAUCUAGCCCUAGCGAGUCGGUAGAGCAGAGAUAUAGCUCUGGAAGAAGUGAUGAGCGACGGAGGGAGAGAGAGAGGAGAGGCAGCGUGGCUGAAAGGUGA